CCGCAUUUGUCCAUCCAAGAAGCAAAUGACAGUCUGCUGUACUAGUUUGACUUUGCUUCGAUUAGACGAUGGAUAAAUCUGGUUUAGGCUAUGAGAUUGGCACUGUGGGGGGCAUUUGCAGAGGUCGAAGAUAACGAACAGUCCGCGUAGAGCUGGUGCAGCGACUCUUGCGCCGCAAUACUUGCCUUAUGCCAACCCCCAUACAAUGACCGACUUAUUGAUCGUACCUGCCUCCAAACGUGCUUUCGCUACAGCAUAUUAUGACAAUGUCACGCUUACAAGUCCGAAUUCCUAGUCUUCCUACGCCAUAUUCUCCGCGUACUUCAGCUGUUCCUCCGGAUAGGUAGCCCGUUGGGAGCAAUGUGUCGCUGGUUCGCAUACAUCAGUCCUGAGGAGCCGUGCCUUCUUGCAGAUGUCCUCAUCACGCCCGCGAACUCGAUAUCGAAGCAAUGCUCGGAGCACUAUCUCCCAGGUUUGCUUCCUCACGGAAAGGAAACCGACCUAGAGAGAACUAAAGAUCAGCUGCUCAAAAUGCGGAAUAGCUUGUUGAACAUGGAUGGCUUGGGAAUUUGCUGGUUCACUUCAGCCGCUUCAAACUUCGUACGACAUGUUGACGGACCUAGACCAGCCCUUUACAAAUCCCAGUCCCCUCCUAUCAACGAUUUUAAUUUUCGUGGCCUAUGUGAGAACACUGAGACAAAGUGCCUCUUUGCCCACAUUCGGGCGAGUAGUGGUAGCGUGGUUACCCCGGUCAACAACCAUCCUUUUGUCUUUGGUCGCCACGUAUUCAUGCACAACGGCGUCGUCUCAGAUUUCCAUGACAUUCGUCGCGAAUUGACCAAUCUACUUGCCUACGAUGCGUUCUGCAACAUUCUUGGGACCACGGACUCAGAGCAUGCCGCGGCACUUUUCAUGACACUCCUUACGAAGGGUGGUGACAAAAGCUCAUGGGAAGAUGAAUACUCCCUAGAAGCUAUGCACGAGGCUUUGGUGACAACCGCAAUUGAGAUCACGAAGCUCCAGCGUCGAGUUCUGGGCUCCAAAGCCCGCCCCAACAGCCUCAACUUCUGCGUCACAGAUGGCUUGAAAAUGGUGGCCAUUCGCUUUCGAAACCACGCAUCGGAGCAACCUCCAUCCCUCUACUGGAGCGAAUUCGCAGGUCGAACCCUAAAUCAGAAAUUCCCAGGGCACCCCGACGGGCCCGACAUCGUCAAUAAGAGUGCGACGUUUGGACCCGAGGAGAAAAUAGGCAAGCAUACCAUCAUCGCGAGCGAGCCUACCACAUAUGAUCCAAAAGAAUGGCAUCUUAUUGAAAAGAACUGUGCAUUGACGGUUGACGAAGUAGGAACAGAGACGCAGAUUCCUAUUGUCUAUGACAAGGCUCUCGACGCCGAAGAUCCGACUGUGUGACCUUUUAUUCACGAAGUAGUCUUUUUGGCGCAGGGCAGCGCAAUGACCUGAGAAAUGAGAAAUGAUUUCAAUGUAAACAGAUGUGAGGUCCUGAAUUCAGCAAGUCUGUCCUAGUUCAGCAUAAUUUUGUUUAUCGGCCAUUGCUUCGGGUGAUUUGAAAUCCAUCCCGCUCGUUCAUUGCUAGCUUACGCUAUCGCUAUUGGCACUCG